GGUCGCUCUUACAUGAUGGUCACACCUUUGAAAUGACACUCAUGUCACAUUAUCUACUGUGUACAUUUGUAUGAUUAGUAUUUUUUCUCUUCUGGAGACACUUGACUUGUGCGAGGAGUACAAGGCAUUUCCUUGCCUGAGAAUGGCAACUAAUGAACCCUCGGCAGAGGCUAGUACUACUGGUGAUAACGCAGUCUCUCCCUUGAAAACCAACUAUACCAUAGCGAUUGAUGGUGGCAGUCGCAUUGAAAUUGAUGGUGGCAGUCGCAUUGAGAUCGAUGAUGGCAGUCGCUUAGUCUUGCCUUGCCUUAGACUUGUCCCACAAGAAGACUCGUUGCAAUUAGGAGACUUGCUAGACAAUGAUCCAGAAAUUGUAUUAGAAGUAGAAGUGGAAGCUGGAAAUAGUAAUGAGCUAGAUCCGGGUCCGUCUGUAUUAGGCAAUUUUAACAGAGACUGUGAACAAGAUAACAUUGAUGAAUGUGAUAGUAAUCAACCAGAGUCCAGCUCAACUGGCCCUGAAGAUGUUGCUAGUGGUGGCGGUAUUCACACAGAUCAAGUAGAUAGUGCUGAUGGAGAAGAGUGGAAUUUACGCCGUCUGGUCCAACUAGAUAAGCGACAUCAGGAUGCUGUCAGUAGUGAAGCUGAUGAUGAAGGUGAUGAUGACGAAGAUGGAGGCAUUGAUAGUAGCAGUGAUGAAUUUGAUCAUGAAGAAACCAUAGAGGCCAGGUUAAGGGUUUAUGGGGACCGAACAAGUGGAAAUUCACCUCAAGAGACUGAUUUAAGUCCUAUUGCCAGCUGCUCCAGCCAACCAUCACCACCUAGGCAUAAACGUAAAUUAGAAAGUCAAGGAGAUGUUCAAAAUAGGUAUCCUUGCAAAAAAAUUAAUCCUGAAGAUAAGACUGCAUUUCAUACAAGCUUUUUAGCCAAUGGGGAAGACGGAUGUCCUUCCUCUUCUAAAUCUCAUUGUGUAGCACCCACCAAAGAAAGCCCUCCACCAGAUCUGAGAGAAUGGCUUCAAAAAUUUGAGCACUGGCGGAAUGCUGACCGGCUUAUGGCAAUUGACCGGCUCAUCGAAACUUGUGAACCAAUGCAGGUCAGGCAUAUGUUGGAAGUUAUUGAACCACAAUUCCAAAGAGAUUUUAUUUCUCUUCUACCGAAAGAGCUGGCUCUGUAUGUACUGAGCUUUUUGGAACCUAAAGAUCUACUUCGAGCUGCUCAGACCUGUCGCAACUGGCGUUUCUUGGCUGAUGAUAACUUACUGUGGAGAGAGAAAUGUAGAGCUGAGGGUAUUAAGGAUCUUCGUGAUGUAAGCAGCCACCGGCGCAAGAAAAGCCUCACUGGUAUUAAUAUGUCACCAUGGAAAGCUGAGUACAUGCGUCAACAUGCCAUCGAAAUGAACUGGAGAACGAAGCCGAUCCGGACACCGAAGGAACUUAAAGGUCACGAUGACCAUGUAAUUACUUGCCUCCAGUUCUCAGGAAAUCGCAUUGUCAGUGGCUCCGAUGACAAUACUCUCAAAGUUUGGUCUCUAACCACUGGAAGGUGUGUGAGAACUCUUGUUGGCCAUACUGGUGGGGUGUGGUCCUCUCAAAUGUCUGGAAACACUAUCAUAUCAGGAAGCACUGAUCGUACUCUGAAAGUUUGGGACGCUGACUCAGGGAUGUGCCUUCAUACUUUGUGCGGCCAUACUUCAACUGUACGGUGCAUGCACCUUCAUGGAAAAAAGGUUGUGAGUGGAUCUCGAGAUGCUACACUUCGCGUGUGGGAUAUUGAGGCCGGGCAAUGUUUGCACAUUCUCAUUGGACACAUGGCAGCAGUACGCUGUGUGCAGUAUGAUGGUCGUUUGGUAGUUAGUGGUGCUUAUGACCAUAUGGUGAAAGUUUGGGACCCAGAAAAAGAAGAAUGCCUUUAUACUCUAGAAGGUCAUACAAACAGGGUUUAUUCUCUUCAGUUUGAUGGUGUUCAUGUUGUUAGUGGCUCACUUGAUACAAGCAUAAGAGUGUGGGAAGUAGAAACAGGUGCCUGCAGGCACACGCUGAUGGGUCACCAGUCUUUGACAUCUGGAAUGGAGUUACGUAAUAACAUUCUUGUAUCUGGUAAUGCUGAUUCAACCGUCAAAGUGUGGGAUAUUGUCAGUGGUCAAUGCCUUCAAACUUUGUCAGGUCCCAAUAAACAUCAGUCGGCUGUCACAUGUCUUCAGUUCAACAGCCGGUUUGUCAUAACAUCUUCUGAUGAUGGCACUGUGAAGUUGUGGGAUGUCAAAACUGGUGAAUUUGUUCGGAAUUUAGUUUCAUUGGAAAGUGGUGGAGCUGGAGGUGUUGUAUGGCGUAUUCGUGCCAGUGAAACAAAAUUGGUUUGUGCAGUUGGAAGCCGAAAUGGUACUGAAGAAACGAAAGUUUUAGUUUUAGAUUUCGAUGUUGAACCUCCACGCUCCUGAGAAUUACUGCCUGAUUGUCCCUGUGGAGUUGUAUUUGCUGGCCAUAUAAAGAAACAGUUAAGUUUGUUAAAUCUGAAUCAUGGACAGCCCUGGUUGCACUGGGACAAUUGGUUUCUUUAUCCUUUGGGUGUAGUUUACUCUCAAGUGGGUGCAGCACAGUUCCUACCUUUCUAUUGGCAUUCUGCUUUCUCUUUUCCUUUUGGGUCAAUGUUCAUGAAGUGUAUUCUUGAUUUAUUAUUAAAGAUCAAUAGUAUUCUUUCAUUAAAUUUUUUAACAGUGUACUUUGUGAAAGAAGUGGAAUCAUUGAUUCAUUUUUUCAUGGUUUUUAAUUUAUCAUGGGUUUCUGUAGGCUUGUGAAUGCUAAGUUAUCCCCAGCUCUAGUCGGAAGUGGGCCAGGAUGUUAUAUUUUCACCAUUUACUAUUUUAGAAGGGACUACUGUGCUACUCUGAAUGGUUGGUUGGUUGAUUUUCAUUUCACUUUAUUCCAUAAGCUCGACAGUUUGAAACAGUCAACCGCUUCAUGCUCAAGGAUUUUUUUGUUUAUAUUUUAUCAGCAAGUGGUGUAUCAGCAUGUCCAGUAGACGAGGGUAAUUUUUAGUUUUCAUUUAUCUUUCUUUAAACACGACUGAAAAUGUUGCAAGAGUUCCUCCAUUUGGAACCUUAGGUACUCUUCAGCAAUGGGAUUUAUGGAAGGCAAAAUAAAGAAAAUAACAAAAAAAAGUUUGGUUAAAACAAAAACAAAGUAGAUUAAAUGUACUUGGAUUGAAAGGAGCUAUCAUUUGAAUGAUUAAUGGGCAAGUGUUUGCUUGCUGUAACACAUUAACUGAGAUUGUGCAUAAUGCUGAGCUGGAUGAUAAAAAUUAAGCUCUUUCUGAAAAGUAUUAAAUUUGGAUUGUGUGGGAGCAGCUCUACAAUAAGUAAAAGUGUUUGUCGUGGUACAAAGAUAAGUAUUAUUGUGAUCCUUGUUAUGGAUUACAGCUCAAUAGGAAUGAUAAAUUUGUACCUAUGUGAUUUAUUAAACUAUUUUUUCUCUCUUCUGACAGUUGUUUCAUGUCUAAAAAGCAAAAUUUCAAAAUUUUAUUGGUUUUAUUGUUUGUACAAUUCUUUGCUAUUCUUUUUCUUUUCAUUUUCUUGUCAUCCCAGUUUUUAUGUUUUAGAAUUCCUUAUGCAUGUUUGGAUUUUGUACUAAACUUUCCUGUAAUUCCUGUUCAUUUGAAAGGAUUUUAUUUAUUGUAGCCUUUACAGAAAUCUUAAGUUUUCUGAUGUUCGUACAGGAAAACUUUAUGAACCUAAAAUGAAGCUAAGUUUUAGCAGGGACAAAUGUUUAAUAUGGCUGUUUUAAAUGCUUAACCUUACAAGGGUGAGAGCAAAGGUAAAUCGCCCUUAAAAAAAACAAGAAAAAGUCUGACUUGUGGGGAAGUUGCGUAAUUGAUACUCUAUGCUGUGAUUUAAAAAUCAUGAAGAUAUCAGUUCAAAAGAGUGCCUCAAGAAAGCAGUGAGACACUUCUUUUGAAAUGGGAACUUAAGAAAUCUGUUUGUGUUGUCAAUAUUUCUUGCGUUGUCUUAGCUUUGUGUAAUGUUUUGAAGCGCGACCGUUAAAUGUUACACAUGGUUAUUAAUUUGUUCUGCUAUAGUAAAAUAGUCCCUACUAUUUCUUCAUUUAUUGGUUGUAAUUUGUUAUUUUCAUGUUUGGCUGUCCCUUCAAGGACCAUUUGUUGCUGAACCAUUUGAUACUUGUUUUAUUUUCAUUUAAAGCCAUGAAAGAAACAAAUAUGGAUGUUAUCAUUUUAUAGCAAAGUUGCCAAAAGUGUUUUUAUGUGCAUUUUGAGCUUGGCUCGUUCUUAGCUAUGUUUUCACUUUUUCCAUUCAAUGACUCUUCAUUGAUCCAAUGUCUUCAACUGAUGGGAAUGCAUCUGAAUUUGUGUACAUGUCACAGGUGUGUUAUGAAAAAUCCUUUGUACAAGAAAUAUUAAAUAUUUGUAUUGUUA